AUGGAGGCGUGCGAGGAGCUGUUCAGUUCACCGGAGGAGGAGAAGGCGGAGUACCUGGAGGCCGGGCCGAUGGCGCCCGUGCGCGUUGGCUCAGGCUUCUACGCCGCCGUCGACGGCGCCCGGUACUGGAGGGACUACUUCAAGAUGUUCGCGCACCCGGAGCUCCACUGCCCAGCGACGCCAGCGAAGCUGAGGGAGGUCGCGACGGAGUACGCCGCGACGACGAGACGCCUGCUACUGUCGCUGGCCACGGCCGUCUCCGAGAGCCUGGGCCUCGCCAGCGGCCGCGUCUCCGAGGCCAUGCGCCUCGACUCCUGCUUCCAGAUCCUCGUCGCCAACCGCUACCCGCCCGCCGCCGGUCCGGGGCUGGGGCUGGGGCUGCCCGCGCACUCCGACCACGGCUUCCUCACCCUGCUCUUCCAGAACGGCGUCGAUGGGCUCCAGGUCCACCACGGCGGGCGGUGGCUCCUCGCCACGCCCCUCCCCGGCGCGUUCUUCGUCAUCGCGGGCGACCAGCUGGAGAUCGUGAGCAAUGGGAGGUACAAGGGCGUUCUGCACCGCGCGGUGGUCAGCGGCGAGCGCGCGAGGAUGUCGAUGGUGAGCAUGAUCUCGCCGUGCCUGGACACCGUCGUUGAGCCGGUCCCGGAGCUGGCGGCGGACGGGCAGGGCUUGCAGUUCCGGGGCGUCAGGUACAUAGAUUACAUGGAGCAUCAGCAGAGCAACAAGCUCAGCGGGAAAGCAGCGCUGGACAUCGCCCGGGUGCAGCGUGUCGUUACUGCAGGGACACAGAACUGA